UGAGGCCUAAGGCCUUUAUAAGCAUGGGACGAAAACUAUGUUAUGUAUUUUUUUCACCUCUAAGUAUAUGUGAUGAAAGAUAAAAACUACAGAAAUGAAGAAUUUUAUCUUACUUCUCUGUAUUCUGGAGGCAGUAUGCGCAGCUAACAGAAAAAUUAGACCUGCAAGGAUGUUUUAUUUUCAGAGAGUGCCUGGUAAUCAACGUCUGAGGAUGAAUCAACCAUCCUGGUUCUCUCAUCCUACAGUUUCCAACCAGGUGGCACCAGCGCCUCCAACCUUUGCUGGACCUCCAGCUCCUUGCUUCUCUCCUGCAGGUCAACCAGUGCAACCAGCUCCCCCCGUACAGGUAGCAUCUUCUACAAGCUCCAGAAGAUUCCCCCCUAUCUUUGUAUUCCCUCCCCCUCCCCGUGCACCUGUCCCACCCCCUCCUCGUCCGCCACCAAUUUUCUAUAUCCCACAGCUGCCUCAACGUUCUGCUUCUGGUGCGCCUAAAGCUCAACCAGUUUUUAUAUUUCCCCCUCCAAAUCAGUCACCAAGUGUUUCUGCCAAGCCUUCCCCUCCCAUAUAUAUUUUUGCUUCUCCCCCUCCUCCUCCACCACAACCCCCCAGGCCUUCUCCUCCGUCCUCUCGUCAGCCCAUAUUCAUAUUUCCUCCUUCACCAAAUGGUCGUUCUUUGUUACCAUUUGUCAUCCUUUCAGCCCCCUCCACUGGCACCGGAGUGGCCCAAGGAGUUUCUCCUAGUGCUGGUAUGGGUUUGGUUCCAAAGGAUGAAGUAUUGCCCAGUCCUCCCCGAGUCCCAGGUACUAGUGCAAUUGCACCAGCACCGUCACCUGCCCUCCCCACCAUUUUGGUAGUCCCUACAUUCUUACCGGGAGAUUUGCCAAAUGGAGGUGGGAGUGAUAAGGACACCUCUGCCCCCAAAACAACCCAAGCCCCAAAGACAACAAAAGCCCCUGGUACAACCAAGGCACCUGACACAACCAAGGCACCAGAUACAACAAAGGCACCAGAUACAACCAAGGCACCUGACACAACCAAGGCACCAGAUACAACCAAGGCACCUGAUACGACCAAGGCACCAGAUACAACCAAGGCACCAGAGCAACCUCCUAGAGGAGACCAAUUCUAAAGAAAUAGCAAAAUAUUUCCCCUUGAAUAGUGUUCAUUUUCAUAUACUUGUGUCCUUGGCUGCAGUAUGAUCUCAUGAUUAUGACAUUAUCCAAUAAUAGCUCACAUAAUCACAAAAAGGAGUAGAUCGACAGAUUAAAAUAUAAAUCAAUUUCAAUAUUAAUCUGACACCAUGAACAAAGUAUCCAAGAUAGGAACUGUUUGAUGUCCCAGUUGUAUAAAAAUUAUAUAAGCAACAUUAUUAUACAGUAGUGAUGUUUAACCAAUGAAUAAUUAACAAGCUAACUUGAUUAUAGAAACUAACUAGGAAACAAAGCACAAGUAAUACUUUUCAUUUUUCACAACUUUCAUUAUUUUUCCUAAAAUUGCCUUAAAUAUUGUACACAGUAGAUAGAACAUACAAAGGAAUUCCCUAUUUUUGUGGCAGUUAUCUAGUUUUUUUCAAGAGAUCAGUCUCAGCAAAGGCCACAGAUCUUU